CUUCGCUAAGGAUUGUCUUGUCAGUAAGAAAAAACAAAGCCUUCGCCACGGGCCUGUCCGUCUUCCGACCACACCGGUCCAUCGAUCUCGGCGAUGGGGAUCGGCAUGAGCAGCGGCCGGCAGUACUUCGCCGGCCGGACGCUGCCGCUGUUGGCUGUGCAGAUGCUUCUACAGUACGGCCCGGCCGACGCAAGCCGCCCGCCCUUGACGGCCGCGCUGGUCGCCGCCAACGCGCUGGUGUACUUCCGCCCGGGCGCCGUCGACGCGCACCUACCCCGGCUCCGGCACGUCAUGUUCAACCCCCAUCUCAUCAUCAAGUUCGGCGACCUGAGACGUUUCUUCCUCUCAGCUUUCUACCACUUGAGUGAAGGUCACUUCUUCAUGAACAUGGCUUCUCUCUUGCGCACGGGGGCAAAGCUUGAAACAUCAAUGGGCAGUCCCGAGUUUGCUUGCAUGGUGGUUUCCUUGCUUGGCCUUUCUCAGGGCUUCACACUGCUCUUGUCUAAGGGCUUGCUUUCGCUCGGCAACGACAUGGUGUAUUAUCAGUAUUCUGCUGGAUUUAGUGGAGUGCUGCUUGGCAUGAAUGUUGUGCUGAAUGCCCGAGAAGGCGAUGUUGUCUGGCAUGGGGUGACCGUUCCUGCAAAGUAUGCGACAUUGCUUGAACUAGUACUCGUCCAUGCUUUCAAUCCGGAGGCGCACUUGAUUUGCAAUGUUGGUGGGAUACUUGCUGGCCUGGCCUACCUUUUACUGAGGCACGGUCCAGAACGUCUCGUUCCUAUGUUUUCAGGCAUUGCAGACGUCGUGAGUCAGCCGGCGAGAUUUGCUAAGAAACUUCUAAGGCCAGCAGCACAUAGUCGGGGGAGCAGUGUCCGGCGCCAUGUUGCACCGGCGCAAGAAGAGGUUGGGCAAGGUAUGCGGUGGAGAUGCAUAACAUGUUCUUGUGACAACUCGCGUUACACAGAUGUCUGUGAGAUGUGCAGCACUCCGCACCCGGACCAUGCCUUUUCCCGCAGACGGCAUCUCCAAGACGAUGGAAACAACGAGCUCUCAGUCGAGGAGAUCCGCCGUAGGAGGCUCGAAAGAUUUGGAGGAUGAUGUAGUCUGCACCAACGCAACUUCCAUAGGGAAGUAGCAGUGCAAUGUCCAAGUAGUCCGCACGGAGAAUGGCAGGCAUCUGCCCGUUUUGUGCUAGAUGGUUUAGUGUUCCUUGGUUCUAGCAUUAGUUAUAUGUGGAAUGCUUUACGUAAUUGAAAUUGGUCUUAAUCACCAUUACUGUUGCUGAUACAGUUAUGUUCUUUAGCUUGAAUCUUUGACAACCAGAAAGCAGUUUCCCGGUGAUGA